AUGGCUGGCUCUCUGUUGGCGGACAUCUCCCGUCUGGGGCCCAGCAACGCCUUCUCCGACGUGGUGCUGGCGGCCUCCGGCGGCCACUCGCGGGAGGCCAACAGCGUGAUCCUGGCAGCAAGGUCCAAGGUCUUCCAGAGGAUGCUGUCCUCUCCCAUGCUGGAGGGCCACAAAAACGACAAGGGAUUGCGCCUCGUGCAGCUGCCAGAGGUGUCCCCAGACUUGUUGGAUCAGCUGGUGGAGUGGUGCUACUGCGACGAGGUGAAGGUCAGCGACUGCUUCGGGGCCAUGGACCUCCUGGCGGCCGCGGAUUGCUUCGAGAUCCCCGGGCUGCUGCACCGCUGCGGCCAGAAGUUGGCCAAGCUGCUGACGCCUCAGGUGCUGCCCGAGGCACUGGACCUGGCGCAACGCCUCAACUCCCAGGAGCUGUGGCGUACCCUCGCCCCCGUGGCGGCCCGGGAGCUCCCGCCCGCGUCGGCCUCGCUGCCGGCGCCGCUGGGGGCGCUGGUGUGGGCGGAGCGCCGCAAGGCGCUGGAGCGCCAGGCCGCGGAGCUGCGGCUGCGGCUGGCCAACGUGCCGGCGCCGCGCCCGGGCAUCGUCUUCUGGCGCCAGCAGCUGCCGCAGGAGCUGCAGAGGGAGCUGCUGCGAGAGGCGCUGGAGGAGCAGUCGGAGGAGGCGGUGCCGGCCAUGCUGGCGGGGCUCAAGGAGCGCGCGGCCGGGCUCUUCCGCGCCCAGUGCGCGGCGCGUUGGAAGGCGCUGCCGGAGGAGACGCGGAGCCUCUGCGAGCGCUGCGCGCAGGAGGACCAGGAGAAGUUCGAGCAGUCCAAGGCACACUUGGAGGAGCAGCUGCAGGAAAUCAUGAGCCAGGUGAAGUCUGUGUCCCAGGCCGAGUUUGGGGAGCACAGAUCGGGCUAUGGCCAUGAAAGCUUUACACCUACCUGA